AUGUCAUCAGCGUCAGAAUAUUCUGCAGAUUUAUCAUCUUCACUUAUUUCUGGCUACACAAAUUAUUGCUCUUCCUGUAAUCAAAACAGUAAUAUUUUCACUUCUUCAUCUUCAUCUACUACUAAUUCUCGUAAAAGUAGUAGGGAAACUGUUUCACCAACAUAUUUGCUUUCUACAACUUCCUCUGGUUCAUUGGAAAGUCUUAGAGCACCUGCUGAAGUUUUUAAAUUAAUUACAACAAAAACAUAUCAAAUAAUGAAAGACCAAAUAGACAAUAAUCGUGAACUUCGAUCCAAAAUAAAGGAUGAUGAUUUUAUUCAACAACAAUUGUCUUUGUUGUCUCCAGGAAUUGAUAAUUCGGAGAAACGAUUUUUGGUUCACAAGUUCACUCGUUCAGCAAUGCUUUUGCCAGAUUUUAACGACUAUCAACGUCUCAGUCCGUUAAUUAAUGCUUUAGUUAAUGAAGUAGAUACAAAUGAUUUGCUUGGAUGUUCUACAGCAUUGGAAAUGUUGGCUGAUAUUGCUUCUUCGAAACAAGAAAAUAUUAAUUAUUUUGAAAGUAUUGGACUCUUACAAAAAAUUUAUAAGCUUUUUCAAACGACAAAAGAAGAUACGGAUAUGGGUAUUACACACACAGCCUGUAUUCGUUUCUUUGGCUACUUAAGUACAACAGAUUCUAAUGCUUUAGAAAAGUUUCCAAUUUUUACUUCUGAUGUCUUUGAUGCAAUUUAUCAUUUUGAUUCUCUUGAUCCUCUUAGACGCAAAUUGGCUUUUGAAACAUUUGCUGUUGUGACAAAAACUAUUGGAGCAAAAAGAUUCUUGAGCAGCGAAAAUUGUAUUUUUAUUAAUUUUUCAAUUUACAUGAAAAUUUUCCAAAAGAAUCCCUCACCCCUUGCGAUUAAGACCCCUAAAAAAUAA